AUGCUCAAGAAUUUCUCGCUACUGUCAAAGUCGGUCAGGUUGCUUAAUGUAUCUAAAUCGCGAAUGCAAUUCUUUGGCAAGAAGAUCAAUGUUAAAUUCAUCGAUCGACGUGGAGAAAUCGUCGAAGUAAAGGCUCGACCUGGCGAUUCUAUUCUUGACACAGUGAUAGACAAUGAAAUCGAAACGGAAGGCUAUGGGAUUUGUGGAGGAGGAAUCGCGUGUUCGACGUGUCAUGUCAUUCUUGAAGACGGUGUUUUUGAUAAGACGCUAGAAGAAGAUCCAUGGGGAGAAGAAGAAUGUGAUAUGUUGGAUAAUGCGCCGAAUGUAACUGACUUCUCGCGUCUGGGAUGUUGCGUGCAUUUCACAAAAGAACUCGAUGGAAUAACGAUAACAAUUCCAGAAGGUCAAGACAUGCGAUAA